CCCGGGGCUGCCGGGAGCCGACAUGGACCCAAAUCCUCGGGCAGCCCUGGAGCGCCAGCAGCUCCGCCUUCGGGAGCGGCAGAAAUUCUUUGAGGAAAUUUUGCAGCCUGAGACGGAGUUUGUCUUCCCCCUGUCCCACCUGCAUCUCGAGUCGCAGAGACCCCCCAUAGGGAGUAUUUCAUCCAUGGAAGUGAAUGUGGAUGCACUGGAGCAGGUAGAACUUACUGAUCUUGGAGACCAGGAUGGAGCAGAUGUGUUCUUGCCUUGUGAGGACUCUCCACCAGCCUCCCAGACAUCUGGGCUGGAUGACCACCCGGAGGAGUUGAGCCUGCCAAUGCCCACGCCAGACAGGACUGCGUCCCGCACGUCCUCCUCAUCUUCUGAUGACUCCACCAACCUGCACAGCCCAAAGCCCAGUGGCGGGGCAGACGCGCCCUUGGCACAGUCUGAUGCGGAAGAGGAUGGGACUGAUGGAGGGGCAGAGCCUGGAGCUUGCAGCUAGCAGUGGGCCUCCAUCUACAGACUGACUGAGCUGGCUCUUCUCCACAGGAGACCCUAGGCCCAGCCAGAGCCCUUCAGAGAAGACCAGACUCUUUACUUGCAGUAGGCACCAGGGGGAGGCAAGGACAGUGGGAGGGCGUACCUCUCUGGGAAAUAACCCUCCUGCUUUACUGCUAACCUUUCCUGCUCCAACCCUCCCACCAGUUUUUGGCUUCCUCCCAAGGUAGGGCUUAUAGGCAAGGAGAUGGAAGAUGAGGCAGGACAAGAUGCUACUGCUUUUCUUAGCACCCCUCCCUCCCCCAGACUCUCCUGCAGUCUUCUGAUAGAGUCUCCUGGACCAGUGUCUCUAAGUGGACGUGAACUCCGUAGCACUCCCCGUGCAGUGGUGCUCCAGCCACCCUGCUCCCCUACAUCCUGUUCGGGAACAGGGCACGGUAUAAAUAAUAAAUAAUAAUC